GGCGACGGCGGCGACUUCCCAGCUCCCACCCGCGCUCGCCGCACGCACGCGCACUGCGCCCAGCAUGAGGGUCGCAGCUCUGAUCAGUGGUGGGAAGGACAGCUGUUAUAAUAUGAUGCAGUGCGUUGCUGCUGGGCAUCAGAUUGUUGCUUUAGCAAAUCUAAGACCUGCUGAAAACCAAGAGGGGUCAGAUGAACUGGAUAGCUACAUGUAUCAGACAGUGGGUCAUCAUGCCAUUGAUUUGUAUGCAGAAGCGAUGGCUCUUCCCCUCUAUCGCCGUACCAUAAGGGGAAAGAGCAUGGAUACGGGACCAGCGUACACCAAAUGUGAAGGUGAUGAAGUUGAAGAUCUCUAUGAGCUUUUGAAACUUGUUAAGGAGAAAGAAGAAGUAGAGGGAAUAUCAGUAGGUGCUAUACUCUCUGACUAUCAGCGUGUUCGAGUAGAAAACGUGUGUAAAAGACUUAAUCUCCAGCCUUUAGCUUACCUUUGGCAGAGAAACCAGGAAGAUUUGCUCCAAGAGAUGAUAUCAUCUAACAUUCAAGCAAUCAUCAUCAAAGUAGCAGCUCUAGGUUUAGAUCCAGAGAAGCAUCUUGGAAAAACCUUGGAUCAAAUGGAGCCCUAUCUCUUAGAGCUUUCUAAGAAAUAUGGAGUCCAUGUUUGUGGAGAAGGUGGAGAAUAUGAAACAUUCACUUUGGAUUGCCCUCUGUUUAAGAAGAAAAUAAUUGUAGAUUCAUCAGAAGUAGUCACACAUUCAGCUGAUGCAUUUGCACCUGUGGCUUACCUACGCUUUUUAGAAUUGCACUUGGAGGACAAGGUGUCCCCAGUACCUGACAACUGCAGAACAUCGAAUUAUAUACAUAACUCUUGAAAAACAUUUUUGUUACUAACCUGCUAUUUCUAUUUAAUUUUAAAAAUUAUAUAGCAUUGUCCUAAUUAUUUUGUGCCACUUUUUCUCAUUACCCUUUUUUUUUAAUUCUUAGAAAUAUUUACUUAAUCAGAAAGUAAUAGAACCUUUGAUUGGUUAACACAUCCUAUGCAUCAUCUCUGGUAGAUUUUUCUUUUCCCUUUUACUUCAUCUGCAGUCCUCAUUUCUUAACAUUUCUUUGCCUUUAUCACCCUGGUUUAUUAUCUUUUUCUUGUUCCUGCUCUCAUCUCAGCCAAUGAUAUCAUGAUGCAAAGGCAUUUGAAAAUGAAGAUGAAAAGGCAAUCACUGUAUUUAGUUAAUCACAUUUACUGGAUGUCAUCAUUUUUGUUUUGAAUAUAUUCAUUGCUUCAACAUUACUGGACAAUCAGGAAGAAUACCAUAGCUCUUAUUGGUUAUUUUAUAACUGAUUAAAAACAUGCAGUUUUUCAGCAUUACCUAUGUUGACUUGAGGCUGUUUUUUGAAUUCA